UGUUGGUCAAUGACUCCAUGUGACUGUCAAGCUUCGAUUUUUUUGUUAAGACGAAAUUCGGUCGUAGUAGCAGUUUUAAUUUAAUUUACUAGCGAAAGUGGGCCCUUUAAACGCCAAUACAUUUCGAAGCUUUUAUUCAUUUUCAUAUUUUAGAUGUCGAAAGAUUUAAGUCUCACAACCAAAGAUAAGACAACUAAAGGAAAAGGAUGCAGUAAUGAUAACCAUCAAAGAUUGUCUGCUGGAGUCGAAGAUAAAGAAAUGGAUAACUUAAGAAAAUGGUUUUCAGACAAACUUGCGCUGGGACUUGGAAACAAAGAUUUAAUGGAAAAACCAAAAGUUUUGCACACAUUGGAUUUGGAUGGAAUAGUGGACUACAUUAAAAGUGGAAAUGUGAAAAACAUCAUUACAAUGGCAGGAGCAGGCAUUUCUACAUGUAAUCAUAACAGAGUCAUUCUUGGUAAAUAUAAACUUACUGGAUUUGUAAUAUGGCUUUUCAUUUUUACAGCUGCUGGCAUUCCUGACUUUCGAAGUCCUUCAAGUGGCCUUUAUAGCAAACUCUGUGGAUUUGACUUACCUUAUCCAGAGGCAAUAUUUGAAAUUGAGUAUUUUCGAAAACAUCCUGAGCCUUUUUUUGCCAUGGCUAAAGAACUUUAUCCAAAGACAUUUGAACCUACUCCAUGCCAUUAUUUUCUUAGGUUAUUGAAUAAAAAAGGACUCUUACUGAGACAUUACACUCAAAACGUUGAUGCCCUGGAGCGAGUAGCUGGAAUUCCAGCGGAAAAAUUAGUUGAAGCUCACGGAACACUCCAUACCUCACGUUGCAUCAAUCCAGAAUGCCGUGAAGAAUACGACCGCAAGUGGAUGACAGAAAAAAUUCUUGCGGAUGUAGUACCACGGUGUGAAAAGUGUAAAGCUGUAGUUAAGCCAGACGCAGUUUUUUUCGGCGAACCGCUUCCAGAACGCUUUCGUUUGGUUGAAGAAGAUUUUCCAAAUUGUGAUCUGCUAAUUAUUUUAGGAACUUCACUAGUUGUUCAGCCUUUUGCAUCUCUUGUUGAUCGAGUUCCGCCUAGAUGUCCGCGCCUUCUGAUCAAUCACGAGGAGGCAGGAAACGAAGACCCAGUUAUGGUUGUUCUUGGUUUUAGCUGCGGCUUGCAAUUUCAUGGGGCAGACAAUUUCCGUGACGUUGCUUGGCUUGGUGAUUGCGACGAAGGAUGUUAUCUUUUUGCUGAGAAACUUGGCUGGAAGGAUGACCUGAAAUCCUUGAUUGAAAACGGAUGUCAAAGCGAAGCCAUUCCCACGGUAGAAAGUGGUGCUACGGGAAGUACCUAAUUUACAAAAGGCAAAGUCCUUGAAAAGACUGACUUGUAAACGUCUCGUUGAAGUGCCCAAUUUGUUUGUGUAUUAUUGAAUAUGCUGAUGAAAAUCUCAAGCUCUUCAAACGAAUAGUUAAAAAUUCAAAUGCUUUACAAAGUUUUCAAACCCCAGAUAUCUGAUUAAAGAAAGUUAAGUGUUCUUAA